AUGUCCAGUUUUUUGGCGUAUCCUGUCGAGAAUGCUCAUUCUGGAUCAAAAAUUGAAGCUGGGCAAUCGAAUUCGCAGAUUUUGGACCCAAUGGACUUCAGCGACACCAAUUUCAGUCCCAGAGAACAGUAUCUUAUCGAUACUGCACUAGCCGAGAGGGAAAAAUGUGAAGGUUUGGAGAAAAAAGUUGAAGAGCAGCAAGAAUACAUCAAAUUUCUGCAAGAAAAGGCUGAGGAAUUGAAGAAAAAGGAAAUGAAGACAAAAAAUGAAAUGGUCAAAUACAGAGAUCAAGGAAAUGUGGCUCGAAACAUUGCUAAAGAAGCCAAAAAGAGGGUUUUCGAGUUGGAGAAAGAAGCCGAGGACCGAUUUAACCAACAGAAUGGAAAAUUCAUGGUGUUUGACCACAUUGGACGCAUGGAUGCUUAUUUGGAGAGAAUCAAUGAGAAAAUUAAAAAAGUCCAAUUGGAAAAUGAGUAUGUAAUGAAUGUUAUCCGUGUUAUGUCAAGCUGUAACGAACAAACAGAGCAAUGGAAUCUGUAUCAAGGCAGAAUGAUUGAAGAUCUUCAGGAAGAACUCCAAAAGAAGGAAGAGGAAUUGAAAAAAGCAACAUUAAGAAUUACAGAAAUUCAAAAUCAAAAGUACAACGCUGAAAUUACUCAUAUCACUCUGGAAAAACAAAAAGUUGCGCACGAAAGAUGUCAGUCGGAGCAAAAACUGAAGCAAUUGGAAAUGAAAAUCAAAAACGCUAAAAAAAUUGCCAAAAAAGAAAUGAAGAAGAACAAAAAGGCGCAAAUCAGAAAUGCCAAACUUGACGAACAAUUGGAAUUGCGGGAUUUGGAAAUUCAGAAACUUCAAGAUGAUAUGAUUCAGAGACUCAAUAACACGAAUGAGAUUCUCAAUCAACAGAAUGAGAUUCAACAGGAAAUGGCAAAUGAUUGCGAAUCAAAUUUUUAUUUUAUCAUCAAAAUUGUAUUCUUAAUUCCAAUUAUCGCAUUUUUUGUCAUGGAUUCCAAAAAGUGGGAUUUUGCCUCCUGGGCCCGUUCGUUUUUCAAACUUGAAUAG